AUGAAAAUAACAAAGAUGGCUGAAGAACAGGAGGUGAUCCAAAUAGAGCUUCUAUGUAAACAGCUCUAUGAAUCUCAAGAUCAGGCUCUGAGGGAUCGAGCUGAGAUUGCUGUAGUCGUAUUUCAGGAAUCCCCGGACACUUUAAGCAAAUGUCAAGCACUCCUCGAAAGAGCGGACUCGAGUUAUUCUCAGCUGCUAGCGGCUACGACACUAUCGAAGCUUGUAAGCAGGUCAACGACCAGUCUGUCCGUCCAGCAACGGUUGUAUAUACGCAAUUAUAUACUCAAUUACCUCGCAACGAGGCCGAAACUUGCAAAUUUUGUUGUACAGGCGCUUGUAUCACUGUUUGCGAGGAUCACUAAACUGGGAUGGUUCGAUAUGGUCAAAGAGGAGCUGGUCUUCCACAGUGUCAUGAACGAUGUAUCCAGUUUCUUGCAGGGUCCAGCGGAAAUGUGCACGAUCGGAGUACAGUUGCUUUCGCAGCUGGUGGUCGAAAUGAACCAGGUGUCGGAGGCCGACGCCAGCAGAUCCCUCGCCAAGCACAGGAAGAUCGCCUCGUCGUUCAGGGACACGCAGCUGUUCGAGACGUUCCGGCUGGCGUGCUCGCUGCUGGGCGCGGCGCGCGGGGAGGCGCUGGGCGCGCAGCCCGCGCUGCUGGCGGCGCUGCUGCGCCUGGCGCACAACUGCCUCACCUUCGACUUCAUCGGCACCACGAGCGACGAGUCCUCGGACGACCUGUGCACCGUGCAGAUCCCCACGUCGUGGCGGCCCACGUUCCUGGAGGCGGGCACGCUGGAGCUGUUCUUCUCGCUGUACCACGGCGGCGGGGCGGGCGCGCCGGCGCUGGCGCUGGCCUGCCUCGUGCAGCUGGCCUCCGUGCGCCGCUCGCUCUUCUGCAACAGCGAGCGCGCCAAGUUCCUCAACCGCCUCGCCGCCGGCGUCAUGCGCAUCCUGGAGGACACGCAGGGGCUAACCGACGCGACUAACUACCAUGAGUUCUGUCGUCUGCUGGCGCGACUUAAGUCCAAUUAUCAGCUCGGAGAACUGGUGAUGGUCGAGAACUACCCGAGGCUCAUAGAAUUAGUUGCAAAAUUCACCGUACAAAGUUUACAGAUGUGGCAGUUCGCGCCCAACUCGGUGCACUACCUGCUGUCGCUGUGGCAGCGCAUGGUGGCGUCGGUGCCGUACGUGAAGGCGUCGGAGCCGCACCUGCUGGACGCCUACGCGCCCGGCGUCACGGCCGCCUACGUCGCCUCGCGCCUCGACUCCGUGCCCAUCCUCGUCAGAGAAGGUCUCGAGGACCCCCUGGACGAGAUCGGCACGGUGCAGCAGCAGCUGGAGCAGGUGUCGGUGAUCGGUCGCUGCGAGUACGCCAAGACGUGCCAGCUGCUGGUGGCGCACUUCGACCGCGCCGCCGCCGCCUACAGCGUGGAGACCAACCCGCAGCAGCUGCUCGUGCUGCAGGGUCAGCUGACGUGGCUGGUGUACAUCAUCGGAGCCGCCAUCGGGGGCCGCGCCUCAGUCAACACGAGCGACGAGAACGACGCCAUGGACGGGGAGCUCGUGUGUCGCGUGCUGCGGCUCAUGGACCUCACGGACUCCAGGCUCGCCUCGGGUGGUUGCGAAAAACUGGAGCUCGCUAUGAUGUCGUUCUUCGAAGCGUUCCGUAAGAUAUAUGUCGGCGAGCAAGUACAGAAGAACAGCAAGGUGUACGGGCGUCUGAGCGAAGUGCUCGGGCUGAACGAUGAGAGUCAGCUGUUGAGUGUCAUCAUGAGGAAGAUAAUAACAAACCUUAAGUACUGGGGAGGUUCGGAAGCUAUCAUAUCGAAGACCCUCUCGCUCCUGAGCGACCUCAGCGGCGGGUACUCCUGUGUGAGGAAACUAGUCAAGUUGGAAGAGGUCCAGUUUAUGCUGACGCAUCACACGGCCGAGCACUUCCCGUUCCUGGGCGUGGGCGUGGGCACGGCGGAGAUGCGGUGCCGCAGCCGCCUGUACAACGCGCUGGGCCGCCUGCUCAUGGUGGAGCUGGGCGAGGACGAGGACCGCUUCCACGCCUUCAUGAUGCCGCUCACCGCGGCGUUCGAGAGCCUGCUGGUGCUGCUGGGCCCGGGAGACAACGUGUACGCGUCAGAGGACGCCAAGAAGACGUACAUCGGGCUCGCUAGAGACCUCCGCGGGCUGGCGUUCGCGUUCAACACUAAGACGACCUACAUGAUGCUCUUCGAUUGGAUCUACCCGGUGUACCUGAAGCUGGUGCUACGCGGGGUGGAGCUGUGGUACACGGAGCCCGCGCUGACAACUCCGGCGCUGAAGCUGGCGGCCGAGCUGGCGCAGAACAGAAACCAGCGUCUCCAGUUCGACGUCAGUUCGCCCAACGGCAUCCUACUCUUCAGGGAGCUCUCCAACAUUAUAUGUGCAUAUGGUAGCAGAAUAUUGACAGUCGACGUGAAUAAAAAGCAAAUGUACGCGAUGAAGCUGAAGGGCAUAUCGCUGUGCUUCACGAUACUCAAGGCGGCUCUGUGCGGGAACUACGCUAACUUCGGCGUGUUCAGAUUAUACGGAGACGAAGCGCUAGACAACGCUUUGAACAUGUUCGCGAAGUUACUAUUAAGUAUACCGCAGAGCGAUUUAUUGGACUACCCGAAGCUGUCGCAGACGUACUACGUGCUGCUGGAGCGGCUGGCGCAGGACCACAUGCCGUUCCUGGCAUCGCUGCAGCCCGACGUCACGCUCUACAUCCUCGCCUCCAUCUCCGAGGGACUCACGGCGCUCGAUACAAGCGUGUGUACGGGAUGCUGCGCGACGCUGGACCACAUCGUGACGUAUCUCUUCAAGCAGCUCGUACAGAAGUCGAGUAAUAAGGUGCCGAACCCGAGACAGCCGCCCCCGGAGACGAGCAACAUGUUCAUCGAGGUGUUACAGCGACGGCCCGAGAUCAUGCAGCAGCUGCUGGCCACUGUGCUGAAUGUGGUGAUGUUCGAGGAGCGCUGCAACCAGUGGUCCAUGUCGCGGCCGCUGCUGGGGCUGGUGCUGCUGAACGAGGAGCACUUCGGACGCCUCCGAGCAGAGCUGAUCGCGCAGCAGCCGCGAGACAAGCAGGCGCAGCUCGCGCACUGGUUCAACGGACUCAUGCAGGGUAUCGAGAGGAAUCUGCUCUCUAAGAACCGCGACCGAUUCACGCAGAACCUGUCGAUGUUCAGGCGGGAUAUAAACGAUUUAUUAAAGGGCAGUUCCGUCACGACGUCGUCGGUGAACGACAUGAUGACGUCGUAACCAACACAGAUUAUUUCGCAUGCGUGGUGAUCGCGACGAAACUGAUACAGCCUUAAGGCUUAGCACAACACUAGUGCACAAUAUUGUGAUGUUCGUGCCAAAAUGUGGUAUUUGAAUUGUCGUUCUUAUUUUUGAAACAGAUAAAUAAUGAUGGCUGUAUAUUUAUUUACCGUUGCGUUGUUUGUUUUUUUAA